AUGGAGCUCCCGAUGGUCACACCCAGCGGACAUAGCUAUGAUUUCACUUCCAUCACUGAGUGGCUUGCACGACGCCCUGUUGACCCUUUGACCUUGGCACCGCUCUCGCCCAGUGAGCUGUAUCCAAACAGAGUGCUCCAGGACGAAAUUUUGGAGCAGCUUGAAUGUUUGGCGACCAAAGCAGAAGAUGAGGGGGAUUUGGAGCUUUCCGAGGCUGCCAGGAACAAGCUGACGCACGUUCGAGCAGCUAGCAUGCCACAAGAGACGGAGGCCUUGAACAUACCGCGAUUGCAAAGAAUGAUCGACCGUUGCGCUGUUGGUGCUGCCUGGUGCAGCUUGUUGGCGUGGGAGCAGUUGCUGGUGUUCACAACAUCUUUUGGGGCAAUCCUGUGCUUACUGCUGGAUGCCCGAAACUCCCUACGACUGAAACUUGCUAUGCUAGUCGGCAGAAGCGCAUGGUCCCCAAAGCAGCCAUUGCUAGCGGCGUUUCUGAAGUAUGCGCUCUUGCCAAAUGCACCGCCGUGCCACUGGGCAUGGCCUGGAAGGGUGGCCCUUGCUGCCCUCCGCGGAAUGCUUGUCCUGUCGGUUGCUCCUAUGUGUGUGACCUUUGCGCUUGGGGGUGCACUUUCCGUGGCUCACUUCUCUGCAAAGUGCAAUGAGGUGCGAGCGGUCGAGUUUGAAAGAGCUGGACAGAACGGAUGGUUCCUUCGUUUGCUGCAGGUAUGCAGCGGCGUCACUGGCUUGUCAAGCUUUGUGCUUUUCUUACGGCUUUGCUUGGACCAGCGCGACAGCUGCAAGUGA